ACGUGCUGGAGUUCUAAACUGAAAAAACAGUAACAGAGUCCAUAGCCAUUUAUUCUCUUCAGUGGAAAAAUUGGAAUGCACAGACAGAUAAUUCUAUAGAGAGAGAGAGAGAGAUGAAGAGUAUUGUGCAGGUUCCCUACGAAGCCAGUGUGCGCGUAAUGCUGGCUACACUGGAGCGUAAUCUCCUGCCGGACGCCGUCAUACGCCGCCUCACCCGCCUGCUCUUAGCCUCCCGCCUCCGCUCCUCCUACAAAUCCUCCGCCGACCUUCAACUCUCCGACCUCCUUCACUUCGUGCACUCUUUGAAAGAGAUGCCAAUAGCCAUCAUGACUGAAAAGCCAAAGUCUCAGCAUUAUGAACUACCUACUUCCUUUUUCAAGCUUGUUCUUGGAAAGCAGUUUAAGUAUAGCUGCUGUUUCUUCCCUGACCAGUACAGCACCUUAGAGGAUGCUGAAAAGGCAAUGCUAGAGUUGUACUGUGAGAGGUCACAGAUAAAAGAUGGUCACACUGUCCUGGAUGUUGGUUGUGGCUGGGGUUCUCUUUCCCUCUACAUUGCAGAGAAAUAUAGUAACUGCAAAGUUACAGGUAUUUGCAACUCGGUGACCCAAAAGGCACAUAUCGAAGAACAAUGCAGGGAGCUUCAGCUGGAGAACGUGGACAUCAUUGUUGCUGAUAUUUCCACGUUUGAUAUGGAAGCGUCCUAUGACCGAAUAUUUUCCAUUGAAAUGUUUGAGCAUAUGAAGAACUAUGGAGAUCUGCUUAAGAAGAUAUCCAAAUGGAUGAAGCCAGACAGCUUCCUUUUUGUUCAUUAUUUCUGCCAUAAGACAUUUGCUUACCACUUUGAGGAUAUCAAUGAUGAUGAUUGGAUUACCAGAUACUUCUUCAGUGGAGGUACAAUGCCUUCAGCAAAUCUGCUCCUUUAUUUUCAGGAUGAUGUUUCUGUGAUUGACCACUGGCUUGUGAAUGGAAAACAUUAUGCGCGGACAAGUGAGGAGUGGCUUAAGAGAAUGGAUGAAAACAUGAAGUCUGUAAAGCCAAUUAUGGAAUCAACUUAUGGAAAGGACUCUGCUCUUAAAUGGACUGUCUAUUGGAGAACAUUUUUCAUAGCUGUUGCUGAACUGUUUGGAUACAACAAUGGAGAAGAAUGGAUGGUUGCUCAUUUUCUCUUCAAGAAGAAAUGAUUUUUUUUGUAUUUUUUUCGAUUUUUCAUUUUUCAUGUAAGAUGCAAGAUUUCAACAACCACCAAAACACAGUUGAAUUGUAAGAUGCCGAGAAAUCAUCUGACUUGAUAAUAAACACAGUUCUCUUGUAUCAAUCA